AUGUCUCUCGACGAAGCAGGCUACAUCCCCUCCGCACCCUAUGACGAGGGCUAUCUAACCGUCUCCUCCAUCCACACCCUCUUCUACCAACAAUAUGGCAAAAAAGACGGCAAACCCGUGAUCUUCCUCCACGGUGGCCCCGGCGCCGGCACCUCCCCCGAGUCCACCAUCUUCUUCAACCCAUCCAUCUACCGCAUUAUUUUGCUCGACCAGCGCGGGUCCGGCAAAUCCACGCCUCACGCCGAAAUCCGUGAAAACACAACCGCACACCUCGUCGCCGACAUCGAGGCCCUGCGCACGCACCUCGCCAUACCCAAAUGGCACAUGGCCUUUGGCGGGUCCUGGGGCUCGACGCUCGCUCUCGCCUACGCCCAAGAACAUCCGUCGCGCGUUGGAAGUCUGGUCCUACGCGGAAUCUUCUGUAUACGACAGCGCGAACUCGACUGGUCGAAGAGCGCCGAGGGUCCGACCGCGCUGCUCUUCCCCGAUGUGUAUCAGACGUUCCUUGACUAUUUGCAGUAUUUGCCGGAGGAGGAGAGGGCGAACCCGUACAAGGCGUAUCAUCGGUUACUAACUGAACCGCCGGUUGAUGAGGAGAGCAGGAAGAGGCAGUUGGCGGCGGGGAGAGCGUGGAAUGCGUUUGAACUGGCGACGGGGUCGUUGCGGCCGAGUCCGGACGACAUGGAGGAGAAGAUGGAGGAUGAUGAGUGGGUGUUGGCCCAUGCGAGGCUGGAGGUUCAUUAUUUUGUGAAUGCGGGGUUUUUGGAGGAGGGCGAGUUGUUGAGGAAGGAUCGGUUGGAUAGAAUUAGGCAUAUUCCGACGACGAUUGUUCAGGGUCGGUAUGAUAUUGUGUGUCCCCCGCAGACGGCGUGGGAUUUGCACAAAGCGUUGCCGGAGUCGAGGCUGUUUUUUAUUCAGACUGCUGGGCAUAGUGCGAGGGAACCCGGUACGCAGGAGAAAUUGGUCGAGGUGUGUGAUGAAUACGGGAAGAUGGAUUUGGCGUGA